AUGGCAGUCGAGCAUCAGUACCAAGAGAUAUUGGAGUUCGCCUACGGGCUAGCUGAGAAGGCAACCGACUUGAUUUUGAAAGGCUCAGCCGCGAGAUGGAAUAAGACAGAUGAGAUAGAAGAAAAGAAGAAUUCUGUCGAUCUAGUGACAGAAACUGAUCAAGCGGUGGAGGACAUGAUAAAGGCUGCUGUUGCUGAGAAAUAUCCCUCACACCAAUUGUACUCCUAUGCUGCCGGAGAUCGACCACCACUCACAGACGAGUUUACCUGGAUUGUGGAUCCAAUUGACGGUCUAACUAAUGACAGCUUUUCAGUCGUAGGAGUCAUCGCUCUACCAUUCUUACAUCAAAUUUUCUCGGCACGACUGGGUGGUGGAGCUUUCAUGAACCGUACCACACCCCUACCUCUGACCGGAGGAAUACCUCAACCUUUGACGGAUCUAUCAAAAUGUAUGAUUGGAGCUGAAUGGGGAUCCGAUCGAACUGAACAGACUUUCGCUAAGAAGACUGCUUCUUUCGCUCGUUUGGCCGGAGAUCCAACUAAAGGAGUCAAAGGAGGUAUCAUGGCUCAUGCACUCCGAACCACCGGAAGUACCUGCUGUAACGUCGCUGCCAUCGCUGCAGGGCAACUAGAUGUAUAUUGGGAUGCGGGAUGUUUCCCUUGGGAUGUCUGUGCUGGUGCCAUCAUCGUCUCGGAGACCGGUGGAUUCUUCUCUGGCGGCAAGGACGCUGAAGCACAAAAUACCACUGAUGCCGACGUCUUGAUGGGAAGGAGAUAUAUCUUUGUCCGAGCGUUGCCCCCAUCCAAAACCGAAUCUGCCGAGGAAAUUCAGCGACGAUUGGCCAAGGAGCUUUACGAAGUCGUUGACGAAUGGACCAAUGAGGAUAUGUAG